AUGGAGUAUUCAUCAUAUAUGGAGAUGGGCCUGCUUGAUCAGGACGAAUUUGAAAACGCGGAACAGAUGCAGUAUGAUGACUUUGACGGAGAAGAAAUUUAUCCACCCGAUCCUGAAUUGCAACCUGAUAUAAGUCAAGAAGAUUGUUGGACGGUUAUAUCUUCAUUUUUUCAUGACAAAGGACUUGUUCGACAACAACUUGAUUCAUUCGACGAAUUUGUACAAAAUACCAUGCAAGAAAUUGUUGAUGAAAAUAAGAAUCUUGUGUUGCAAACGGUUUCAGGAAAUCAAGGAGGGGAAGGUGAUAAGGCGAGGCGAUUUUAUAUCCGAUUUGGACAAGUCUACCUAUCAAAGCCUACUAUGACUGAAGCUGAUGGUAGUGUCCAAGCAAUGUUUCCACAAGAAGCGCGUCUUAGGAAUUUAACAUAUGCUGCUCCUCUUUACGUUAACAUGAAAAAGGAGGUAAUGGUGGCAGAUCCUAAGGCACCAGAAAAUAGAGGGAAAGCGACGCUUAAUGAAAUGUUUGAUGAGGCUGAUUUAGAGUUUGAUCCCGAUGAAAAAAGUUAUGAUAAAGUUUUUGUAGGAAAGAUUCCAGUCAUGUUAAAGUCAACAUUUUGUGUAUUAAAUGGUUUAGACGACAAGAGCCUUUAUGCAUUAAAUGAAUGUCCUUAUGAUCAGGGAGGUUAUUUUAUCAUCAACGGCUCUGAAAAGGUGCUGAUUGCACAAGAGAGAAUGGCAACAAACACUGUUUAUGUUUUUACAAAAUCACCACCAUCACCCUUUUCAUAUACAGCUGAAAUUAGAAGUGCUAUGGAAAAAGGAUCAAAACUAGCCAGUUCUUUAACGAUUAAACUUAUGGCUAAAACAGCCGAGAAAGGAGCUACUGGACAAUUUAUACAAGCUACUAUGCCUUACAUCAAAAAAGAUGUACCUGUGGUUAUUGCUUUCCGGGCACUUGGCGCUGUUUCUGAUCAAGAUUUUCUACAAUACGUUUGUUAUGAUCCAUCUGAUCAUCAAAUGUUGGAGGCAUUAAAACCAUGUAUAGAAGAAGCAUUUGCAGUUCAAAGUAUGGAGGUCGCCGCCGAUUGGAUCGGACGUAGAGGUACAACCACAGGAGCAACAAGAGACAAACGUAUAAAAUAUGCUAAGGACAUUCUUCAAAAGGAAUUGUUACCACACGUCUCAACCGAAUAUGGAUGCGAAAAACGUAAAGCAUUUUUCCUUGGUUAUAUGGUUCAUAGACUUUUAUUAGCUGCUCUUGGGCGUCGUGAACUAGAUGAUCGAGAUCAUUAUGGAAAAAAAAGAAUGGAUUUGGCGGGCCCACUUUUAGCUUCACUAUUUCGUAUGUUAUUCAAAAAGCUUACAAAGGAUGUCUCAAUAUAUUUAAGAAAAUGCAUCGAUUCAAAUCGUGAAUUCAAUUUGAACUUGGCGAUCAAAGCUCAAACGAUCACAAAUGGUCUAAAAUAUUCUCUUGCAACUGGAAAUUGGGGAGAUCAAAAAAAGGCUAUGCAGUCCCGAGCUGGUGUUUCUCAAGUGCUGAACCGAUAUACUUUCGCUUCCACUUUAUCUCAUUUGAGAAGAUGUAAUACUCCAAUGGGAAGAGAUGGAAAAAUCGCAAAACCUCGUCAAUUACAUAAUACUCAUUGGGGUAUGGUAUGUCCUGCUGAAACUCCUGAAGGACAAGCUUGUGGUCUUGUAAAGAAUUUAUCUUUAAUGUCGUAUAUUUCCGUUGGAAGCGCAUCAAAACCAAUUAUUGAUUUUUUGGAAGAAUAUGGAAUGAUUAAUUUGAAUCAACAGUUUGACCCUGCAAAUAUUAAAGACAAUACAAAAGUGUUUGUAAACGGUAAAUGGGCAGGAAUUUCUUCUUCACCUGAGCAAUUAUCAUAUACACUCAAAGGUCUACGAAGAACUGUUGAUGUAAGUCCUGAAGUUAGUGUUGUUAGAGAUAUUCGAGAAAGAGAGUUACGAAUAUAUACCGAUGCCGGGAGGGUAUGUCGACCUUUAUUUAUUGUAGAAAACGAGCGCUUAAGAAUAACAAAGGGGCUUAUCCAAAAACUGGAUGUAUUUAAAAUGAAAAAUCGUCAAGCUGGGCUAAUUGAAGAAUCAGACGACGAUUUAUUUGAAGAAGAGGAAAAUACAGAUGAUGAUUUAGAUGAUGAUAUGGAUAAUCCAGAUCCAUAUAGAAGAAGACGAAAAAAGAAAAAAAUGACAUUCGGAUGGCAAGAUUUGAUUUCAAAUAGUGUUAUAGAAUAUAUUGAUGCCGAAGAAGAAGAAACCGUUAUGAUUUGUAUGACACCAGAAGAUUUAGCUGCUGCAAGGGUAUUCCAUGAAACUGGUGAAACAAAGCAAGAAAAGGCACAUGAAAGAGAUGUAGCAGCGCGUGUAAAAAGUGAAACAAAUUUAAAAAUACACAGUUGGACUCAUUGUGAAAUUCAUCCUAGUAUGAUUUUGGGAAUUUGUGCCAGUAUUAUUCCUUUUCCUGAUCACAACCAAUCUCCUCGUAAUACGUAUCAAUCGGCUAUGGGUAAACAAGCCAUGGGUAUUUAUGUAACAAACUAUCAAUUAAGAAUGGACACAUUAGCAAACAUUUUAUAUUAUCCACAAAAACCAUUGGUAACAACAAGAGCGAUGGAAUUUUUAAGAUUUCGUGAAUUACCAGCAGGUCAAAAUGCGAUUGUUGCUAUUCUUUGUUAUAGUGGUUAUAAUCAAGAAGAUUCUGUAAUUAUGAAUCAAAGUAGUAUUGAUAGAGGAUUAUUUAGAAGUAUUUUCUACAGAAGUUAUAUGGAUCAAGAAAAGAAAGUUGGAAUGUUAACUAUCGAAGAAUUUGAAAAGCCGACAAAAGAAACCACUCUCCGCCUUAAACAUGGAACAUACGAAAAAUUGGAAGAAGACGGAUUAAUCGCUCCCGGAACAAGAGUGUCUGGUGAUGACAUAAUAAUUGGAAAAGUAACUCCAAUUUCUCCUGAUACUGUAGAGCUAGGUCAAAGAAAAACUACACACACUAAAAGGGAUGCUUCUACCCCAAUGAGAAGUACAGAGACUGGUAUUGUUGAUCAAGUUAUGGUUACAACAAAUGCCGAGGGAAUGAAAUUUGUUAAAGUGAGAGUUAGAAGCACACGAGUACCACAGAUGGGAGACAAAUUUGCUAGUAGACAUGGACAAAAAGGAACAAUUGGUAUCACAUAUCGUCAAGAAGACAUGCCUUUUACCGCUGAAGGGAUUACACCAGAUCUUGUUAUCAAUCCUCACGCUAUUCCAAGUCGUAUGACUAUUGGGCAUAUGGUUGAAUGUUUGUUAGGGAAGGUUUCCACUUUAACGGGACAGGAAGGCGAUGCAACUCCUUUCACAGAUGUGACAGUUGAAGCUAUUUCUCAAAGUUUAAGGUCACAAGGAUAUCAAUCCAGAGGAUUUGAGGUAAUGUAUAAUGGACAUACGGGACGUAAAUUAUCUGCACAAGUUUUCUUGGGACCGACUUAUUAUCAGCGGUUAAAACAUAUGGUGGAUGAUAAGAUUCACUCCCGUGCGAGAGGUCCUGUACAAAUUCUAACACGUCAACCUGUUGAAGGUCGUAGUCGUGAUGGUGGAUUACGUUUCGGUGAAAUGGAACGUGACUGUAUGAUAUCUCAUGGAACCGCCAUGUUCUUGAAGGAACGAUUAUUUGACGCGUCAGAUGCUUAUCGUGUUCAUGUAUGUGAUAUAUGUGGAUUAAUGGCCAUUGCGAAUCUCAAGAAAAAUACUUUCGAAUGUAAAGCUUGUAAAAACACUACACAGAUAUCACAAAUUCAUAUCCCAUAUGCAUGUAAAUUAUUAUUCCAAGAAUUAAUGGCAAUGAAUAUUUCACCGCAUGAAAGCAAAUUAUCAUAA